AGCACACCACAGUGCAGCUUACCACCCCCUCACUCCUAUCAUGGCGUGGUGGUGCUCCUCUCCCUCCGCCACCGUCACUGCCACCACCACCACUAUCAUCAGCCGCCGCCACUGUCUCAGCUCUCACGCUUCACAAUUUCGCAUCAACCACUUCCCUUCCUCUCCUCACACCGCCACCACUUCAUCUUCGCUUCGAUUUAGGGUUCCAUGCAAAAUCAAUAACGGUAAAGUGAUCGUCAGAUGCAACCCCAGCGGCACAGAGCUUGAGUUGCAAGAUUCUCCGCCACCUUCCGCCGUAGAUUGCGUGGGAACAGGCCAAGACGUGGAGUGCCUCUUCAAUAUAGAAGAAGAAGAAGGAAUCAGAGAAAAAGAAAAUGAAUCGUCGUCGUCGUCGAGGCUGUGCUUGGCGGAAUGGUUGUGGGAAUGGAGUGUGUUGGUGUCGCCGUUCUUUUUCUGGGGAACUGCGAUGGUGGCGAUGAAGGAGGUGCUUCCAAAAUGUGGACCGUUCUUCGUUUCAGCGUUUCGUCUCAUACCGGCUGGGUUCCUUCUUGUUGGUUUCGCUGCUUCAAGAGGAAGGCCUUUCCCUUCUGGCUUCAACGCCUGGCUUUCCAUCUCUCUCUUCGCUCUCGUUGAUGCUGCUUGCUUUCAGGGUUUUCUUGCUGAAGGCUUGCAGAGGACUUCCGCUGGUUUGGGCAGCGUUAUAAUUGAUUCACAGCCUUUGACAGUGGCUGUACUUGCAGCUUUGUUAUUUGGUGAGUCCAUUGGGAUUGUUGGAGCUGCUGGGCUUGUGCUUGGCGUCAUAGGACUUGUACUACUCGAGUUACCAGCCCUAUCAUUUGAUGAAAGCAACUUCUCACUGUGGGGAAGUGGGGAGUGGUGGAUGCUUCUUGCAGCUCAGAGCAUGGCAGUUGGCACGGUCAUGGUUCGGUGGGUCUCCAAGUACUCUGAUCCUGUCAUGGCAACUGGAUGGCAUAUGGUUAUUGGUGGUCUCCCUCUUGUGGUAUUCUCCAUUCUUAACAAUGACCCUGCUAUAAGUGGGAGUCUUAAAGACUACAGUUCAACUGAUGUAUUGGCACUCCUCUACACAUCCAUUUUUGGAAGUGCUAUCAGCUAUGGUGUGUUCUUUUAUAGUGCAACUAAAGGUAGCUUGACCAAGCUCAGUUCACUUACUUUUUUGACCCCAAUGUUUGCUUCAAUUUUUGGGUUUCUAUAUCUUGAUGAGACCUUCUCACCUGUACAACUUGUUGGGGCCAUUGUUACUGUAGCUGCAAUAUACAUGGUGAACUUCAGAAACACGUCAGAAUGAAUUGUACAGUCAGUUUUUGACUUGUUCUUUCAACCUAUUAACCCAAAGGAAAACAAUUGUUCGGGGAACUAGAUGCUUGCCAUGAUCUCAAAUUGGCAAUGCUAGAGGCGAGUUUGGAUAUGAAGAAAAGAUAGUUCAGUGAUAUACAAUCGGGAGCACUUGUGAUCAUGUUUUAUAGCGUAAAUACAAUUUUGGUUAGUUGUUAAUUUAGGCUUCGAUCCUCUUCAUAGGCAAUAUAUACCAGAAAACCUGGGCUGAACACAAGCCUUAUACAGGAAUAAAUUUUUUCCAUAAAGGUUUUCUUUGUUAUGUGAUGGCAUAAGUGUUAAAUGAUGACUGAAUAAGAAUGUAUAGACUAUGAUUGGUUUAUGGCAAGUUUUGUGUAUAGACUAUGAUUUGCUUUGAAAUCCAGA